UAAUGAUUCAAAAGCAUCUUUUACGACCCGUUUGACUUGAUGAGAAAAGCAAAAUUUGCGCGGUCUCCAUCUGGAGGAUCAAAAACUAAAGUAAAAAAUAAGCGUCGAUACCUCCAGAAUUCGCACGUAUCGAAUUCAUUCGUCUGACUGAGAAUAAUUUCUCCCGAUUUUUAGAUCUUUCGGUACAAGAACCGCAAAUUACGAAUAGAAUCACUGAACAAAUACGACGAUUCUGUUGUAUAGUUGGUGCUUUGAAGGAUAGCUUACUACUAAUAAUUGAGGAAGAUGAAUUUGAUGUGGAAAUCUCCAACUAUUGUGGUUGCCGCGAUGCUGUCGGUCGUGAUUUCCGGUUCGCAUGCCUUCACGACUGUUUCGCCGCUCGUCCAAUCUCCACCAACGGCUGCGUCGGAAAGUAGCACGACGCUUCAGAUGGGUCUGGACAUGGUAACCUACAUGAGAUGCGAAUGGAUAUCGGCGGCUCUUUGUACGAAUCAGACGCCUAGAACUGCAGACGUAGCUCUCGUUCUCGGAUGCCAGGACGGGAGACCCGUCACAUUUGUUCCCAGAACCAUCGAAACUCUCAUCACAUCGUCGUUAGAGACCGAUGGCGUAGUGCCGGUAAACAUUAGGCGACAAUUGAAGACACAAGAAAAGAGUAGAGGUUCUGGGGUUGUCUCACUUGUUGAUCAAAGAGCAGACGACUUGAAGGAAACGGAGGAUCAAUCGGUGGAUGUAGUAUUAAGUUUGCAAUCUGCCGCGAAAAUGAAAGAAAAUGGCCUCGACUGGAAGAAGAGCAUCCAGGAAGCUGCGCGCGUAUUGAAACCCGGUGGCAGGUUUUUAUUUGUGGAGCAAAGCGAACUAGAUGGAGAAUCAUAUCUUGAGUAUGUUGGCAACCUCGGAACAGCUAUCGUGACGAAGACAGAAACCGAUGACGGCGAUGAUGACGAAAGUAUGAGUGAAGUUUACCCCGCCUUCGAAUGCAUGGGUUACGACGACGUGGAUCUCGUCUUGGUACCUCACGUUGCAGCUGUCUUUGUCAAGGCGGAAGAUGCUGGAUUGACCGAUGCGCAACGAGCGGAGAAGGAGUCGAAAGUGGAAGAAGAGCGUAUGGCCGAACUUUCGAUUUCUGCAUUUGAGCGAGGAAUCAAGAAGAGGAGACGAAAGAAGAAGAAAAAAACUGAGGAAUAGUUGUCAUGAUAUGUUGACAAAUCAAAUAUGCGCAAAGCA